AUGGAGCCAAUGAACUUAGGGAGUCCAACUCACUCUCCUUCGGGGAGCCCGAAUGUGGGGUAUCUACCUCCAUUUCUUUUGGGUGAAAUCAACCCUCCAACGACCCCGAGAACUAAUAGCUUAUCACCAACGAAAGGACGGAGCCUUGCUUUUGGAUCACCAACCAGCCCAACUCAGACUUCAACACCGGACCAAAAAAUGUACCGUCCAAACGUGUCAAUGCAUCAACAAGCUUUGUACAACCAGCAAAAUAUGUUUACAAAUAUCCCAACUUCUCCUAACAUAUCUUAUUCUAGUAAACCCAAUGGUCCCCCAAUAGAGGAUCUUUUCGAUACUAUAAAGAGUAAUGAACCAAAUAAGUCUGUGUAUCAAGAUCAAAGUUUCUUUGGCUAUGGGAACAACAAUUCUUUGAUGCAGAACUCUUAUGUAAAUGCAUCGUUAAAUAAUCAGUCACUUACAACGCACUGGCAAGAUGGAUGUCAAGACCAAGAUGAAUACUGGGUCACUAUAUUUGGUUUUCCACCAAAUGCAGCUAACACUGUGUUAGCUAGAUUCAGCAACUGUGGUGCUAUCUUAGAUAAGCAGUAUCCCACACAAGGUAAUUGGGCCCAUGUUCGGUACGCAACUAGAGCAGAAAAGGAGCGAGCAAUGGCAUUAAAUGGCCGACAAAUUCUACCUGGAGUAAUGGUUGGCGUAGUUGAAUGCAAAGAACCACCCAGAAUGACCAUAUCUAAUCCUGGAAUAACCUCACCCGAAAGACAUACAACAGCCAGGUCUCUAUGUCCAACACCUAUCCCAGCAGCACCAGUCCCUCAGAGGUCUAAUGGGAUUAUAGCAAAGGCCUUGGAUUAUGUACUAGGGUGGUGA